CCGCGGUCUGGUAGAUAAUACCUCCGCCGGAAACACUUUAGUAUUAGAUACUGGUUGAUUCUGGGUGUCAUGGUAAUCUCUGUGAGUGUUUUGACAGUGGACUGUUGUGAGGUGGUGUAUAUUAGUGUCGCCUCAAGAGGUAGUGGAGGGAUCCGUGGCGUGCAUCCGGUCGGGGCGCGGCUGCGGCGACUCGGGGGAGGUGGCUUUCGGAUGGUGGGGGCGUGGCUUCUAGAGGGCGUGGCUUCCGCGGCGCGGGGCGGGGUGGGGGGGCGGAACAUGUCUCCCGCCGCAGGAAGAUGAGGCUGCGCCGGCGGCUGCGGGCGUAGCGGGCCACCGCGGGCCACCGCCGCGCGCCGCCGCCUCUGCUACGGUCCCUUCCCGCGGGGCCUGGUCUGCGAGAAGCUCGAGAGAGGCCAGGCGACGCGAACGCGAGUGGGGAGAAGGAGGAGGAGGAAGGACGCGCGCCCCCGAGCCCUGCGCGCUCCCGCCGCCCACGCGCGACCCUCGGGGACGCGCCCGCCACCCUUUUGUCCCCGGGGUCCCCGAGGGCGGUGGGCAGCAGGGAGCCCGGUGCACCCGGUGCAUGCCCCCACCCAGCAGGGCUGUUUCUAGGCCUGGGGAACCCACCCCAAUUCCCACGCCUGUGGCCCUGGCCGGACAAUGAACCAGUCUCAGAGAAUGGCACCUGUGGGCUCCGACAAAGAGCUCAGUGAUCUCCUGGACUUCAGCAUGAUGUUUCCACUGCCUGUGGCCAACGGGAAGGGCCGGCCUGCCUCCCUGGCCGGAUCCCAGUUUGCAGGCUCAGGGCUUGAGGACCGUCCCAGCUCAGGCUCCUGGGGCAGCAGUGACCAGAACAGCUCUUCCUUCGACCCCAGCCGGACUUACAGUGAAGGUGCCCACUUCAGUGAAUCACACAGCAGCAUACCUUCUUCCACGUUCCUAGGAGCUGGGCUUGGAGGCAAGGGCAGUGAACGGAGCACCUAUGCCACCUUCGGGAGAGAAACCAGUGUUGGAGCACUGAGUCAGGCUGCCUUCCUGCCAGGCGAGCUGGGCCUCGGCAACCCUGGACCACUGUCUCCAUCUGGUGUCAAGAGCGGCUCCCAGUAUUACCCCUCAUACCCCAGCAACCCUCGGCGGAGAGCUGCAGACGGUGGCCUGGAUACGCAGCCUAAGAAGGUCCGGAAGGUCCCGCCUGGUCUUCCCUCCUCUGUGUAUCCACCCAGCUCAGGUGACAGCUUCAGCAGGGAUGCUAUAGCCUACCCCUCUGCCAAGACCCCCAGCAGCACCUACCCUUCCCCCUUCUAUGUGGCAGACAGCAGCCUGCACCCCUCGGCAGAGCUCUGGAGUCCCCCCGGCCAAGCAGGCUUUGGGCCCAUGUUAGGAGAUGGCUCAUCCCCUCUGCCUCUUGCACCAGGCAGCAGUUCUGUGGGCAGCGGUGCCUUUGGGGGCCUCCAGCAGCAGGAGCGCAUGAGCUACCAGCUGCAUGGAUCUGAGGUCAACGGCACACUACCAGCUGUGUCCAGCUUCUCUGCCGCCCCUGGCACUUACGGUGGCACUUCUGGCCAUACGCCUCCUGUGAGCGGGGCAGACAGCCUCAUGGGUACCCGAGGGACUACAGCCAGCAGCUCAGGGGAUGCCCUUGGGAAGGCACUGGCCUCGAUCUACUCCCCAGAUCACUCCAGCAAUAAUUUCUCACCUAGCCCCUCAACGCCUGUGGGUUCACCCCAGGGCCUGCCAGGGACAUCACAGUGGCCCCGGGCAGGAGCCCCCAGUGCCUUAUCUCCCAGCUACGACGGGGGUCUCCACGGCCUGCAGAGCAAGAUGGAGGACCGCUUAGAUGAGGCCAUCCAUGUCCUUCGCAGCCACGCUGUGGGCACCGCUAGUGAUCUCCAUGGACUUCUGCCUGGCCAUGGGGCGCUGACCACAAGCUUCGCGGGCCCCAUGCCACUGGGCGGGCGGCACGCGGGCCUGGUCAGUGGAGGCCACCCUGAGGAUGGCCUCAACAGUGGUGCCAGUCUUUUGCAUAAUCACGCCAGCCUCCCCAGCCAGCCCAGCUCCCUCCCCGAUCUCUCACAGAGGCCUCCUGACUCCUACAGUGGACUCGGGAGGGCAGGCGCCACGGCAGGAGUCAGUGAGAUCAAGCGAGAGGAGAAGGACGACGAGGAGAAUGCAUCAGUGGCCGACGCCGAGGAGGACAAGAAGGACCUGAAGGCCCCACGCACGCGCACCAGCCCAGACGAGGACGAGGACGACCUUCUCCCCCCAGAGCAGAAGGCCGAGCGGGAGAAGGAGCGCCGGGUGGCCAAUAAUGCCCGCGAGCGCCUGCGGGUCCGCGACAUCAAUGAGGCCUUUAAGGAGCUGGGCCGCAUGUGCCAGCUGCACCUCAGCAGCGAGAAGCCACAGACCAAACUGCUCAUCCUGCACCAGGCCGUGGCCGUCAUCCUCAGCCUGGAGCAGCAGGUGCGAGAACGCAACCUGAACCCCAAAGCAGCCUGCUUGAAGCGGCGGGAGGAGGAGAAGGUGUCUGGCGUGGUCGGGGAUCCCCAGCUGGCACUGUCAGCCACCCACCCUGGCCUGGGUGAGGCUCACAACCCACCCGGGCACCUGUGAGCCAAUGCAUGGAUCUCCGUGGGACCAGGGACCACCACACUGCCUGAAGUGCACCAGGCGUGGCGGAGAGCUCCGGAUCAUCACUGCAGCAGCAAGGCUCCACAGACGCUGCGGGGCCUCGGGGCUCCAUGGCCGCCCUGUGUCCUGGCCCCAGGAAGCAAGCUGAGGGGAGCUCUCCCCCAUCCAUUAACCGAAACUGGAAACAAAAGCAGCAUGCUCACUUUUCAGAAAAGAAAAAAGAUGCCUUAACUGUGGACGAAGGAAGGAUUGGACCGCACCCUGGCAGGGGCAGCCGGGGACUGGUUCUGGUUCAGAGCCACCAGCACAUCGUGCCUAAGCGUAUUUUUUUUUUUAAAGGAGAAUAAAAGAACAUUAGUUAUCAGAUUUUUUUUAAUGUAGACAAAACUUAGCAAGAACGAGGCCUUCUGUGUCUUAUUACUUUUUUCUUUUAGCUUUCUUUUGCGUAUGUUUUGUAAGCAACAAAUUUUUGUAUAAAAGUCUCCUGUCUAUUGCUGUUUCUAGAACUCAGAGUCAUGUUCAUGGUCUGCAAGGUUAUUAAAGUAGCAUUUAAAAGACCCAGUGUUGAUCAAAGGGUCAUCCCGUUCCCGCUGCAUGUGAGCCCAGGACCUAUUUGUGCCCGGCCUGUGCUCAGCAGCGGAACCAUGGUCUCUGCCUCUCUUCUCAAAGGCUCACACUCCUUCCUCACUGCCCUGAAUGCUUGGGUGAUGAGUUGUGGGGUCUCUAAAGGGACAGAAUUGAUAGAGUAUUAGUGUGGCUUACGGGCUGUGACCUGGGUUGCCCUACUCCCGAAGCAGGAUGUCUCAGCAGUCCCAAUCCAGCGCUGGAGUCCUCAGACUGCCCUGGAAUCCUGAAGAAGUGGGCUCUCACCAGGGAAGGAGUGCCUCAGCCGCAGGGUAGACGAACCCGCCAGCGAGAGGGUGAGCAGGCAGAGAGCAAAGGAUUCCUUCUGUGCCUUUUAUGCAGACUGCCACCAGAAGGUGUGGCCAGGUUAGGGUCCAGCCAAGAGAUCUCCCACAGGUGGGCCCAGCUACUAGGGUUAGUUGAGAUACAAAGCUACCUAUACUUAGCUGCCAUACACACAGCCACAGCUGGCUCUUGGGCAGAUGGUGCAGGCUUUGGCUUCCCUAUCUCGGCAGAGUGGCCGCAGGUACCCUCCAAAGUAUCUUCACCCAUUUUUCAGAUCCUGGCAUCGUCAUUUCUUCCUAUCCUAGCCUCUGCGGUGGGGGAUGUUGGGGCUACCAAGUACCCCUACAACAGUUCACACCUGCUCCAUGCUGACUUUGGUCCCUUUGGAAGCCCCAAAAAUCUCCAGUGAGGAAAAUUCGUUGGGAACCAUGGUAACACCUUGUUAUGGUAAACCUUAUCCACCACUUUGGCCUGCAGACUCUGCACCUCUGGAACAGCUGGAUUGGAGGGAACACAGCCUGGGUCACUGGCAGGCAGUGAGGGCUCAUCCAGGUUCCCCUCUGCUGUAUGCAGGGCAAUCAACCUGUCUUCAGCCCAAACACCCACGAGUCCUGUUGCCCAGUUGCACGACAGCAGAAGAGGGACUGAGGUGGCUCAGUUGGUAAUCGGCUAGCGCAUGCAUGGAGCCCUGGGUUCCCUGACGGCCUGCAUAACAGUCGGGAUCCCUGAACUGCAGUUAUAGGGCUGUCACUUUACACAGCUGUGGAGUGUUAGAAGAGUCAAAUUCCCAGACUGCGUGGCAAGCACCUUACCACUGAGCCCCUCCCUCUACCUUACUGGGUUUGGUUUUGGGGUUUUUGUUUUUGAACCUGGUUCCUCUGUAUAACAGCCCAGGCUGUCCUGGAACUCCCUCUGUAGAUUGCCUGCCUCUGCCUCCCUGCUGCUGUGAUUAAGGGCGUGCAC